AUGGGGGCAGGAGCUCUAGCCAUCUGUCAAAGUAAAGCAGCAGUUCGGCUGAAAGAAGACAUGAAAAAGAUAGUGGCAGUGCCAUUAAAUGAACAGAGGGAUUCUACCUAUAAGAAAUUAUUUGGAGUCAGUCUCCAAGAACUUCAACGGCAGGGGCUCACUGAGAAUGGUAUUCCAGCUAUUGUGUGGAACAUAGUGGAAUACUUGACGCAGCAUGGACUCACUCAAGAAGGCCUUUUUAGAGUGAAUGGUAACGCGAAGCUAGUGGAACAACUGCGACUGAAGUUCGAGAGCGGAGAGCCUGUGGAGCUCGGGAGAGAUGGCGACAUCUGCUCAGCAGCCAGUUUGUUGAAGCUCUUCCUGAGGGAGCUGCCGGAUGGGGUGAUCACCUCGGCGUUACAUACUCGAUUCAUUCAGCUCUUUCAGGAUGGCAGAAAUGACGCUCAGGAGAACAGCUUAAGAGACUUAAUAAAAGAGCUGCCAGACACCCACUACUGCCUCCUCAAGUACCUUUGCCAGUUCUUGACAAAAGUAGCCAAGCAUCAUGUGCAGAAUCGCAUGAAUGUUCACAAUCUCGCCACUGUAUUUGGGCCAAAUUGCUUUCAUGUGCCAUCUGGGCUUGAAGGCAUGAAAGAACAGGACCUUUGCAACAAGAUAAUGGCUAAAAUCCUGGAAAAUUAUAAUACCCUGUUUGAAGUAGAAUAUACAGAAAAUGAUAAUCAGAGGUGUGAAAACCUGGCUAGGCUUAUCAUAGUAAAAGAGGCCAGUUGUAAGAACUCCCUACCCAUCAUUUUAACAAAGGGCUUAGAAAGAGACAUGCCAAAACCAUCUCCAAAAACCAAGAUCCCAAAGUCCAGGAGUGAAGGAUCUAUUCAGGCCCACAGGGUACCACAACCAGAGCUAUCCGAUGGCAUUCCUCAGAUCAGCCUGUGGCUACAUCGUAGAAAACCCUGCUUGGAAGACGUGAAUUCAGCAGAGGAUGCAAGUGGUGCCACGUUGGUAUCCAGUUCACAGGAAGAUGAAAGACCUAUAUCACCUUUCUAUUUGAGUGCCCACGUAUCCCAAGUCAGCAGUGUUUCAACAACUGAAGAACUCUUAGAAAGAACCAUCCGGUCAGCUGUAGAACAGCAUCUUUUUGAUGUUAAUAGUUCUGGAAGUCAAAGUUCAGAGGACUCCGAAUCUGGAACGUCAUCAGCAUCUUCCACCACAUCCACCAGGCAGCGACGACACCCAUCCAAGGAGCAGGAUGAAGUUCGAUGUGGUAGAGACAAGGGACUUAUCAACAAAGAAAAUAUUCCUUCUGGAUUCAACAGCUCCAAUGGUUGUAUUUUGAACACUCAGGAAGUCGAAAAAUUACAUGAAAAUACUUCCGGUUAUGUUGGAGAAAGGAGCAAACCUAAACGUCAGAAGUCCAGUACUAAACUUUCUGAGCUCAGUGAAAAUCAAGAUGGUAUUGUGAAUAUGGAAAGUCUCUGUUCUACACAGUCUCAGGAGAGGACUGGACCUGGUGAUGUCGAACGGAUGUCUGAUGAAAGCAAAGAAAAUGAAAAAGAUGGCGGAUAUACCCAGCAUUUUGAGAGCCCCGCAAUGAAGAUUCAAGAGCAUCCCAGCAUAUGUGACACCAAGCAGCAGAGAAAUCAAGAUGCCGAUGACCAGCAGGAGAGCUUUGUCUCCGAAGUGCCCCAGUUGGACCUGACUGCAUUGUGUGGUGAGAAGAGCUGGGAAGAGCCCAUGCCCGCUUUCUCCUCCUGGCACAGGGAGAGCAUCGACCCUGACGAAGCCCGCCUCUCCCCGCAGGCCGGGCGGCUGAUUCGUCAGCUGCUGGAUGAAGACAGCGACCCCAUGCUCUCGCCUCGGUUCUACACGUACGGGCAGAGUCGGCAAUACCUGGAUGACACAGAAGUGCCUCCUUCUCCCCCAAACUCCCAUUCUUUCAUGAGGCGGCGAAGCUCCUCUCUCGGGUCCUACGAUGAUGAGCAGGAGGACCUGACACCUGCCCAGCUCACACGGAGGAUUCAGAGCCUUAAAAAGAAGAUCCGGAAGUUUGAGGACAGAUUCGAAGAGGAGAGGAAGUACAGACCUUCCCACAGCGACAAAGCAGCCAAUCCAGAGGUUCUGAAGUGGACAAACGACCUUGCCAAAUUCCGAAAACAACUUAAAGAGUCAAAACUCAAGAUAUCUGAAGAGGACCUGACUCCCAGGAUGCGGCAGCGAAGCAACACACUCCCCAAGAGUUUUGGUUCCCAGCUUGAGAAGGAAGAUGAGAAGAAGCAGGAGCUGGUAGACAAAGCAACAAAGCCCAGCAUCGAAGCCACGCUGGAGUCUAUCCAGAGGAAGCUGCAGGAGAAGCGAGCGGAGUCCAGCCGGCCUGAGGACAUUAAGGAUAUGACCAAAGACCAAAUUGCUAAUGAGAAAGUGGCUCUGCAGAAAGCCCUGUUGUAUUACGAGAGCGUUCACGGCCGGCCGGUCACGAAGAGUGAACGUCAGGUCAUGAAGCCACUGUACGACAGGUACCGGCUGGUGAAACAGAUCCUGUCCCGAGCCAACACCAUACCCAUCAUUGGUUCCCCCUCCAGCAAGCGGAGAAGCCCUUCGCUGCAGCCAAUUAUCGAGGGCGAAACUGCUUCCUUCUUCAAGGAGAUAAAGGAAGAAGAGGAGGGGUCGGAAGACGAUAGCAACACAAAGCCAGACUUCACAGUAACUCUGAAAAUGGAUUUCAGCGCACGUUGCUUUCUGGACCAGUUUGAAGAUGAUGCCGAUGGGUUUAUAUCCCCAAUGGAUGACAAAAUACCAUCAAAAUGCAGCCAGGACACAGGCCUUUCAAAUCUCCACGCUGCUUCGAUACCUGAACUCUUGGAACACCUUCAGGAAAUGAGAGAAGAAAAGAAAAGGAUUCGAAAGAAACUUCGUGAUUUUGAAGACAAUUUUUUCAGACAGAAUGGAAGAAACGUGCAGAAGGAGGACCGCGCGCCCAUGGCUGAGGAGUACGGCGCGUACAAGCACAUCAAGGCGAAGCUGCGGCUCCUGGAGGUGCUCAUCAGCAAGGGGGACGCCGCCGCCACGUCCGCGUAGGGACCAGGGGCUCGGGCGCAGAACCACCCUCCCGCGGCGAGGAGCAGCUCCCUGCGGCGGGCCUGGGCCUGCGAGGCCGUGGGGACCAGCUCCCGGUCCUGCCGCAGAGGCUGCGCCAAGGGCGCCGUGACCUGACUUGGGAAACGGGAAAGCCAGGGUCGCUGUGCGCGCGCACUGCAGCGAGAGCCUUCCCGACACUCGUGGAACAAGCACGACACAGACACGCUGGUCUUCCCUGGGUCACCCAGGAGCCCGAGACCGUUCUGCAACGGUGAGGAAGACAAGCUCGGACUUCGCAGAGCCAACUGCUGCGGCUCCGUGCUCGUGACCUCUGCGCAGAGCUGCGCCUCUCCCGCGCCUGUGACUCGCUUUCCCCGUCAGCUCUCAGGUAGAUGGACGCUGCCUACGGUCAUACCUUCGAGGCAUUUCUCCAAGCCGCCCUCAGCCCCUGCACAGUUCAGAUCCCGGGCGAGGACCGAGGGAGCGGAGCAGCGGCUCGGUCAAUGCCGGCUUGGAAAUCAGGUGAUGGGGCAAGAGCCUGGAGCCUCCUCCCGGACGCCGACCGCACUUGACAGCCUCCAGUUCCAACGCCGGACGCCGAGCGAGGCCGGCACCGGCCAGACCCCAAGCGUCUUGCUUCAUUCUCAGCCCAGGGCUCGAGGAUCGCGGAAGACGGGGCCUCCUGCGCGCCACCGGAGUGUAAUUCUGCACCGAAACCCCCACGCCGAUGGGUGAAUGUAGCGCUCCCCAAGGCAGAAUCUAAACCAGACCAUAUUCAAGACUAAAAAGAAAAAAUAAUGGUGUGUGGCCCAUUAUUUUUUCAAAGACUUUGUCACAAAGCUGUCUGGACAUUUUGGAGGGACCAGGGAAUUUAAGACGCCAAAUCGUUCAUCUCUUGAGUGUGCUCGAGGUCAUUUUGUGACGUGUUGUUACUUCUCACCAUUCUGUCUGCACCGACGAGAGAGGGUUCCGGGUGCACCGCUGUGAGGUCCAGCACCGGCGUGUCGCAGGCUCUGCCUUCCGAGCACGGACUGCGGGAUGCACAGGAGAGCGGGCCCUCCUGCACGUUCUGAGAGUCGCCUUCUUAAAGGGUACAUUUUUGUUUUACUACAUAGAAGAAAAAGAACAUACAACUGUACCGACCUGUUGGCAAUUCUGAAACUGGGUCUUGGGAAACUGGCCGGUCAGAUUGGAUUUACAGCAGCGUCUCCUGUUGCUGAGGGAGGCAGCAACUUUCCUCUGUCCGUUGAAAAUUGUCGGAGUGGGGGGAAGAACGCCUUUACGUUUGCUCUCAAAAUAAUCGU